GUGAACUAACUAAGCAAUUAAGUAAUCCUAUCGUUAUCGGAACGUCCAUCCUCUCCAAAGCAAACAGGAGUCUCACCACAGUCUUGACAUACACCUAAUCUUUGCUCACGAUGGAUGUCGACCAGCUCAAACCUGAACCCAUCACUCCAGCGAUAGAGGAUGCCGUUGUAUCCUUCCACAUUACCCAUUCGGACUCCGUACCUCGGACGCUGGCUCGCAGACUACAUGCUCUAGCCUCUAUACCCAGUCUACCCAUCGCUCUGCAGGAGCAUGCCAACAAGGUCUCCUCCUCUUCCAAGCACCGCGAGCUGCGCGAGAUCGAGACGAACCGAUACUCGGUUUCUGUCAAGCGUUUCGCCCGAGCCCGACAGGUGGCUAAAGAGCAAGAGGAGCUAUAUGAGAAGCAGUUGGAGGUGGUCGAGGCAGAGAUCAAGCGGGAGGGAUUGGCUUUGAAGAAGGAGAGGGAGAUGCUGGCGGAACAAGAAAGGAUCAAGGAGAGUCACGGCAAGGUUGCGGCCAAGCUAAAAGAACUGUCGAGUCGACCUAAGCAGAGGGUCGAGUUGGAUCGACUGAUUACCAACGUCACGACGGAGAUUGAAGAACAACAGGCGAAGAAGACCGCUUAUCUUGCCGAAGCACAGUCUCGUCGAGAUGCCUUCCGGACCCUCACCGAUACCCUUCAGUCGGUCAUUCGACAACCCCGCGUCGACCCAGAACGUUCCAUCUCCGAACUACCUGUCAGGGAAAAGGAAGCCGUUGCCAAGGUUGCUGGCGUGAGCCGAGCCACGAGCCCGAAGCUAGGACUGCCCGCUGGCAUGUCGUCCAAGGGAAAGAACACCCCUACCAGUUCUGUCAAUGGUGAUAGUCUACCCGAAAAGAGAUUGGACCCCAAGGCAGCCGUCUUCACGCCGACCAUCACGGUUCAACCUCCUCCCAUUCAGCGCAGCAAUACCGCCAGCGGAACCUUGCCUUAUGGGAAAUCUACAUUGCCUGCAAACCCGGGACUGCCGAGUCGACCGUCAGGCUCCUACAAGGACAUCCAAGUGCCUAAAUCUGCCACAGGAGCAUCUCGCACAUCGGCGAUGUCCCUGACGUCUAGUGCGCCACCGAGCCGAGCUGCCACUCCUUUGGCUAGGGACAGGGAGAGACCCGGCAACCCCAACAACAACAAGAACAACGGCAGAGGUAAUGCCAAUCCUCGCAACGGUCCUCCCGCGUCCGGCCGACCUUCGCUUGAUGUCUCGUCUCAUGCCAACUCGACGCCAGCAGUGCCCAUGUCGCAGAAGAAGUCGACGAAGGAGGAGGGCGAGAUGUCGGAUCGGGAAGAGGGAGAGCUGAGUUCGGUAGGGGCGGGAGGGCGAACCGGUUUGAAGCGUGGGCGGGGCGUUCAGGGUGAAGGGGAGCCAAAGAGGAGACGAAUGGACAGCAAAUAAACCAUCAUCGCCAACUUGUAUGAGAAGAAGGGCAUGCUAUGUGAUGCCGGUCUCGUCGUCAUAUAUCUAUGUUACAUCUUGUAGAUGGACUACAUACAUUUCAGGCUCGAUCGAGUACAUACAAAAAAUGGGUGUAAAGACGACGCCAGAGCGAGACAAAUGGA